AUGAAAGCUUUCAGAACCCUAAGAAGGACCUUCCAUUUCCCCACCUCUCGCACUCCCACCCCCUUUUUCUUCUCCGCCCAGCCACACCCUCACCACGAUUACCCCACUACCUCCGCUGACGCCGACUCCGUCUUCGACAGUUCUCACUACGCCCUCCACCAGGAACCUGGGCCCAAGCCCAGCCCCACGUGGGACGACAAGUACAGGGCCCGCGCGGACCGUGUGGUGUUUGGGGAAGAGGGCCCGAAGGGGAAGCUGCGGCUGAAGGAGGAGGAAGAUGAGAGGAGGAGGAGGGUUCUAGCCAAGGCCUUGCUCGAAGCUGCGAUGGAUAACGAAGAAGAAGAGGAAGAAGAAGCGAAAGGCGUGGUGAACGAGGAAGAGCAAAAGUCGUUGUCCGUGGGAAUCAUUGGCGCCCCCAACGCUGGCAAGUCGGCGCUAACUAAUUUUAUGGUUGGGACAAAAGUAGCAGCAGUUUCACGGAAGACGAAUACAACAACUCAUGAAGUUGUGGGAGUGUUGACUAAAGGAGACACCCAAAUUUGUUUUUUUGAUACACCAGGGCUCAUGUUGAAUUACGGUGGCUUUCUUUAUAGGGAUGUCAAGGUCCGUGUUGAAAGUGGUUGGAGUUCAGUCAAUCUCUAUGAAGUGCUCAUAGUCAUUUUUGACGUUCAUAGACAUAUUACCAGGCCUGAUGCAAGAGUGAUACAAUUAAUUAAACGAAUGGGAAGUCGACCUGUUCUAAAUCAAAGGCGAAUUUUGUGUAUGAACAAGAUUGAUUUAGUAGAGAAAAAGAAAGACUUGUUGAAGGUUGCUGAAGAAUUCAAAGAUCUUCCUGGAUAUGAAAGGCAUUUCAUGAUAUCAGGACUGAAGGGGGCUGGAGUAAAAGAUUUGACUCAGUACUUGAUGGAGCAGGCAGUUCAACGACCCUGGGAAGAGGAUCCACUUACCAUGAGUGAGGAAGUUCAGAAGAUGAUAGCAUUAGAAGUUGUGCGUGAAAGGUUAUUGGACCAUGUACAUCAGGAAAUUCCGUAUGAUGUUGAACAUCGUUUGAUUGACUGGAAAGAGUUACGAGAUGGUUCUCUUAGAAUCGAGCAACACUUCAUCACUAACAAAUUAAGCCAACGCAAGAUUCUUGUGGGGAAGAAUGGCUCAAAAAUUGGUUCAAUCAAAGCAUAUGGGAAAAACAGGGUUAUCUCCACCUUGAUUCGUGUUGUAUAUUUGAGACUUUCAAGUAUAGUUGUUCACUUUUCAUCUGCUGAAGUUGUGUAUUUAGAUUGGUUCGUCAUGAUGGUUUUCCCAACACAGGAAUAG